AUGGCAGUGUUGCUGGAACCUUUUCAGAGUGUGGACAAAAUCCAGAGUUUCAUGCGGAUAUUGCAGUUUGAUAAGGUGAUAACAAAUGAGAAUGAUGGUGGAAAACUCUGGGUGUUUUGGAAAAAUGAAGUGGAUGUGCAAGUGGUCCACAGGAGUUCGCAGUACGUGUCUUUACGUAUUAGCGAAGGAGAUUUUCAUUUCUUGGGCAAUUUUAUUUAUGCUAAGUGUAAUAGGUAUGAGAGACAGAUGAUUUGGGAGGAGCUGAGUUCGGAUAGAAUGGGUGUUGAGCCUUGCUUGUUUGCUGGAGACUUCAACAUAAUUCGGUCGGAUGUGGAAAGGUGUGGUGGGCGUCCACGGAAUAGAGUUGCAAUGGAUGAGUUUAAUAGAUGGAUUCAUCAGGGCAGGCUGAUGGAAAUGAAUUCACAAGGAGGUAAGUUUACAUGGUGCAAUGGUCAGCAGGGAUUAUCUAGAGCUUGGGCAAAGUUGGAUCGAGUGUUACUUGAUGCAAAUUUCCUGACUUUAUUCCCGAAUGCUCAUUGUUCGUAUCUUCCAAGGACAACGUCGGAUCAUUGUCCUAUGUUUAUAGAAUUUUUAAUUGAUCCUUUCUCUUAUGGCCCCCCUCCAUUUCGAUUUCAGCAAAUGUGGGUUGAACACCCGGAUUUUAUGAAUUUUGUUCAAAAUGUGUGGUCUGAAUCUGUCAUAGGUUCGGGGCUUUUUAAAUUAGCUAGCAAACUUAAAAAACUUAAGGUGGCGUUACGUGAAUGGAACAAGAGGGUGUUUGGGAGAACUAAUAAUCAUAUUGCUAUUCUUGAAGAUAAGGUUGAGAGUCUUGAACAUUUGUUGCAGAGAGAUUGGGAUAAUGAUAUUGAACGGGAGCAAGUGAGGUGUUCUAAUGAGUUGUAUUCUUGGAGGCGAAGGGAGGAUAUAAGACUGGCGCAGAUGGCUAAAAUCAAAUGGAGAAUGGAUGGUGAUAGGAACACAAAAUUUUUUCAUGUGUGGUUAUCUAAUAAAAGGCAUAGGAAAAUUCAUAAGUUGAGAACUUCGAAUGGGAUGGAGUUUAAUUCUCCGGAAGAAAUUCAUCUUGGUGCUGUUGAUUAUUUUUCUGAGUUUCUUCAGAGAUCUAAUCCGGCAAGGGAGGUGCCUGAUUUAACUAGAUUGAUAUCGUCGGUUAUUAAUGAAGAGGAUUGUGUCCGGCUUUGUGGGUUCCCUUCGUUGGUUGAAGUGAAAGAGGCCCUAUCAUCUAUUCCUAUUAAUAGUUCCCCGGGCCCAGAUGGUUUUGGCGCGGGUUUUUUUAUGAGUUGUUGGGAGGUGGUUAAAGUUGAGGUCUUAGAAGCUAUUUCAGAAUUUUUCUAUCCAAACGCCUUCCGAGAUUUUAUUCGGCUUCUUUUAUUGUGCUUAUCCCGAAGGUAG